AUGCCUCGCCUCGUUUCGCAAUCCACUCUGGCUGCAUCGCUUCGAUCCACCUCUGCUCGAUCGAUCUCCACCUCUGCCCUUCCCCGCGCUACCGCUGUUGCUGCCCGUAAAGUCGGUCAGCUCCCCUCCUCCAAGACCGCCGCUUUUCCCCGCAGCGCCGCUUUCUCGACCUCGACUCGCGUCAUGGGUGGCCACGCCGGUGUUGGUAAGGGCGAGGACAAUGUUCGUCCUCCCCCCGACCAGGUGCUCCAAGACAUUGCCGACUACGUGCACAACUACAAGAUCGACUCCCAAGUCGCCUACGACACUGCUCGUCUCUGCCUGCUCGACUCGUUGGGAUGCGCCAUGGAGGCUCUCCGCUUCCCCGCCGCCGCCAACGUCUGCGGUCCUGUCGUGCCCGGCACUGUUGUGCCCAACGGUGCCCGUGUGAUCGGUACCAACUACGAGCUCGACCCCAUCCGUGCCGCUUUGAACAACGGCGCCCUCAUCCGAUGGCUCGACUUCAACGACACUUGGCUCGCUGCCGAGUGGGGUCACCCUUCGGACAACAUUGGAUCCAUCCUCUCGGUCGCCGACUGGAUCAGCCGUACCAACGUUGCCAACGGCAAGAAGCCCCUCACUGUCCAGGACGUUCUCACCGCUGCCAUCCAGGCCCACGAGAUCCAGGGUUGCCUCGCCCUCGAGAACUCGUUCAACCGCGUCGGUCUUGACCACGUUGUCUUGGUCAAAGUGGCUUCGGCCGCUGUCGUUUCCAAGCUGAUCGGCAACACGCGUGACCAGACUGUCGAUGUCGUCUCGCAGGCUUUCGUCGACGGCCAGUCGCUCCGAACCUACCGUCACGCUCCCAACGCUGGUUCGCGUAAGUCGUGGGCUGCCGGCGACGCUUGCUCGCGUGCCGUCAACCUUGCUCUCCUCGUCCAGAAGGGCGAGCAGGGCUAUAACUCGGUCCUUACUGCCAAGACCUGGGGCUUCUACGAUGUGCUCUUCAAGGGCAAGGAGUUCAAGUUCCAGCGCCCUUACGGCUCGUACGUGAUGGAGAAUGUGCUUUUCAAGCUGGUCCCCGCCGAGUUCCACUCGCAGACCGCGAUCGAGGGUGCCAUCAUUCUCCACGGCCGCAUGCAGAAGAACGGCAAGACGUCGGACGACAUCAAGAGCGUCAAGAUCAAGACGCAGGAGGCUGCUGUUCGCAUCAUCUCCAAGUCGGGCAAGCUCAACAACUACGCCGACCGUGACCACUCGCUGCAGUACAUCACCGCCAUGGGUCUGAUCAACGGCAAGCUCGACCCCGAGGACUACUCGGACGAGGUGGCCAAGAACCCCAAGAUCGACGAGCUGCGUGCCAAGAUGUCGGUCGAGGAGGAGGCUCGCUACACAACCGAGUACCUCGACCCCGAGCUGCGUUCGAUCGGCAACAGCGUCGAGGUCACGUUCAACGACGGCACCACCGACUCGAUUGCGCUCGACUACCCCGUCGGCCACGCCCGCCGCCGCGAUGAGGCCAAGCCGCUGAUCAAGAGCAAGCUGCAGAAGCACCUCAAGGGCUUCUUCCCCGAGGCUCGCCAGGCCGAGAUCGUGGCGCUGCUCGAGGACCACCAGAAGCUCACCAAGCUGCCUGCCAACGAGUUUGUCGACCUCUGGGUGCGCGACCAGUAG